UAACAGCACAACGGAAGAACUAAGGUUUUCCAAACCAGCUAUGUGGUUGAGACAGUUAUUUUAAACUAUAUACCAGGGCCUAGAUUAAUGAUAGUAAAAUACUAAACUAAUCUCACAUUCAAAAAAUAUAUACAAUUCCAUAAUCAUCUACGGAAAGUCAUAGUUAUCUCUGCGUGAAUGGCUGAAUAGCUACGUAUUGAUGCCCCUAUAGAAGAUUACAGUGGCCCUAGGAAUCUUUUUUGUAAACCAUUAUAUAAAAGAUUUUAAGAUGCAGUCCUCUCCCACACACACAUGAGUGCUGUGUUUCCCUGGCACUGGGCAGAGUGGCAUGCCUGACCGGGACAGCUCCUACCUGUCUGGUGGUGGUGGGAACAGCAGCAGUGUGGGGGAGGAAGGGGGGCCAGGUUUGGGGGGCACAGGAGAGGGCAGAGGGGUAUCAGCUGGGGGCAGUGGGUCAGGUGGUAUGGGUGGAGGAGGUGCUCUAGGGAAUGGGAGUUGUGGGGGGAGCGGAGCUGGGGGUCUGGGUUCAGGAGUUCCCCCUGAUGGUGUCUGCAGGGACUUUUUGCGAAAUGUGUGCAAGAGGGGCAAACGCUGCCGCUUUAAACAUCCAGACUUUAAUGAGGUGCCAGACUUGGGGGUGCAGAAGAAUGAGUUCAUCUUCUGUCAUGACCACCAAAAUAAGGAAUGUGUACGCUCCAACUGCCGUUUUGUCCACGGAUCAAAGGAGGAUGAGGACUACUAUAAGAAGAGUGGAGAGCUGCCCCUCAGGCUGAGGGGGAAAGUGGCAGCCGGUCUAGGACUGUCCCCCAUGGACCUCCCUCAUAGCCGAGGAGAGGUCCCCAUCUGCAGAGACUUCUUAAAAGGAGAAUGCCAGAGGGGCAACAAAUGUAAAUUCCGUCAUGUUAAAAAGGACUUUGAGUUUGAGCCAAGUAUGGGAGUGGGGGGAGUGAUGGGACCAGGGGCCAGUGGGAUGGUAAACACAGGUGGUGGGGUUGGUGGAGCGGGGGGAGGUGCCUGUGGGGGGAUGUCUGGACUAGUUGGGAGUGUUGGUGGGGGUAACAUGAUCGGUAUGGGUUGUCCUAGCCUGGGGGGUUGCAGAGACCCUGUCAUCUCAGGGGUUGGGGGAGUUGGAGCUGUGGGAAUGGGAGGAUGCUUGUCCAUGGGGCCAUCAGGACAGCGUAGAUAUGACAGGGGUCCUUGCUCAGUGUAUGACCCACUGUUUGAAAGUGGGCUAUUUGAGACGGGGCCACUGGAGGUUCCUGUUGACCACACAGCCCUGCAACUGAAGAGGCGCAGACUCGAGGGGCUGCGCCUGUCAGACGUCAGUGGAGGAGGGCACUACGAGCUGGGGCUUCAGGCCACGCUGCAGCCUCGGCACAUGGACUACCGCUUCCUGGAGGAGGAGAAUGCUCUGCUGAGGAGGAGAGUGGAGGAACUCAAGAAGCAGGUGUCUAACUUAAUAGCCACUAAUGAAGUUCUGCUGGACCAGAAUGCCCAGUUCAGGAGCCAGACUAAGGUGUUGACCCUGUCCUCUGCUUCUGCACCCCCUGACCAGAGCUUGGUGUCCUCUGUUUGUGCAGUGAGCUCCUACAACCACAGUAUUGCCCAGACUCACACAACCCUAAGCAGUGCAGGGCUGCAGCCUCGCCCCGUCAACCAACAGGACAUGGGAGCUCCUACCGGAGCCCCUACAGCAUCUCAAGCCAACUCUGUCCAACCGACUGCUCCCCCCCCCCACCUCAACCCUGAGAUCACCCCCCUCUCUGCUGCCCUGGUCCAGACUAUUGCUCAGGGUAUGGCACCACCUGUCUCCAUGGCACCCGUGACUGUAUCCGUGGCACCUGUGGCUGUAUCCAUGGCACAGCCUCUGGCGGGCAUUACUAUGAGCCAUGCCACCACCCCCAUGGUAUCCUACCCCAUCGCCAGCCAGAGUAUGAGGAUCACCACCCUGCCUCACUGACCCAAACUCACCCUCUGUUGAGACUCGUUAUUGUUUGUCAGAAUGAGCUCAAGCUAGUGUUUGAGACUGGGUGUUUUGUGGCACUUAAAGCAGAUAACAGUCAGAGACUGAAGUGGCUUUGGCUGACUUGUGAAGUCGAAGGUUUGUAUUAUGCCAAAGGGACCCUUGAAACAGGCACCAAAAGCUGUAACAAACUGUUAAAUUAUGCCACAAGAAUAUCAUGGAACUCAACCUUUUUAGAAUGUGACGCUGCCAGAAAAUGUACUUUAAAGGUAGUUUAUAGUUAUGUGAUUUGCUCUGGUGAAAGGUAACUUUGGUACUUUCAUGAGAAUAACAACCACUCAAAAAAACACAUUUUGGUUGUAGC